GAAAAAUCAAGCUAUAUAUGGGCAGCAAAGCACUCAAAUAUGUAUAAAUACAGGUUUAUUUGCAGCUGAAAGUCAUUUAAAAUUGUGUAACGGUAAUAAUAUGAUGCAUGUAAAAGAACAUCCAAUCAAAGACGUGGAUUUAUAUAGAAAACUUUACGCAUCAAAUAAUCAUGCAUUCCUAAUCCAAUAUUAG